CAAAUGUGGACCUACUUGCUACUUAAAAUUAAACAAACGCUGUCGAAUUUGGUUCACAAAUUACAAUUUCGUUGAGUGACUAGACCGGCACUGUGCGUGUGGGAGUGUUUUAAGUUUACCAGGAAAAAUCGCCGUGUGAAACGUGUUGUGAGUGUGAUUUGGUUAAUUUUGCGUGAAAAUUAUAACACUAGAUUGCUGCUAUAGAAGUAGCACUAUAACUAUGGCUAACGAGGCGGAAAAUCUGCCAGCAGAAAAAGAUUCUGUCAUUACGAGUACAGAAGGCGGUAACAAGGUAGUUCUGAAACGCAAAAUUACGCUGGUAAAUGGAAUUACAAUCAUCGUCGGGACGAUUAUAGGAUCGGGAAUCUUUGUUUCGCCUGCUGGUGUCUUCUUGUAUACGAAGUCCGUCGGUUCAUCGUUGGUCAUUUGGACACUGAGCGGUAUCCUGUCGACGCUAGGAGCGUUGUGCUAUGCCGAGCUUGGUACCUGCAUCACACGGUCCGGGGGCGACUAUGCUUACCUACUUGUUGCAUUCGGACCACUUGUUGGAUUCCUGCGGCUCUGGAUGGCACUGCUCAUCAUCCGACCCACCACCCAGGCCAUCGUAGCAUUGACCUUCGCUCAGUAUGCCGUAAAACCCUUCUUCCCGGAGUGCGAACCUCCAGACAACGCGGUCCGGUUGCUAGCUGCGGUCUGUCUGUGCUUUCUGACCGCCAUCAAUUGCAUCUCAACCAAAUGGGCCAUGAAGGUGCAAAACGUAUUCACAUUGGCUAAAUUGACGGCACUAGUAUCCAUCAUCCUCGCCGGUAUCGUUUUCAUAGCAACCGAAGAAUCGGAGAACUUUGAAAAUGCAUGGGAAGGGGAUUACGCACUUUCCAGUCUGGCCUAUGCCUUCUACUCUGGACUAUUUGCGUUCGGUGGAUGGAACUACUUAAACUUUGUCACCGAAGAGCUGGAGAACCCGUACAAAAACCUUCCUCGCGCUAUUUGGAUCGCCAUGCCAAUGGUUACUGGAAUCUAUGUGUUCGUCAACAUGGCCUAUUUUGCCGUUGUUCCAAGGCACGACAUGCUUGCAUCAAUUGCCGUUGCGGUAAACUUCGGCAACCGGAUGUUUGGUGUUGUAGCUUGGCUAGUGCCAAUCUUUGUAGCACUGAGUUGCUUCGGUGGCGUCAAUGGUAUUUUGUUUACUUCCGCUAGGCUAUUUUCAACCGGUGCUCAGGAAGGACAUCUGCCGGCCUGGUUUUCACUAGUACACGUACGGCGUCAAACGCCUAUUCCGGCACUGAUUUUCACGUGUGCUACAUCGAUACUUACACUGUUUUGCGCAGAUGUAGUUGCCUUAAUCAACUACUUCAGCCAGAUUCUUUGGCUCUCGGUGGCAGCAUGUGUAGCUGGACUACUGUGGCUACGAGUUACUAAACCCAACAUGCCCCGCCCGAUUCGCGUAAACCUGGCAUUACCGAUUAUUUUCCUGACCUGCUGUCUAGUGCUGGUUCUGUUGCCGUCGUUUUCCGAACCAUUGAACCUGAUCAUCGGUCUCGGAAUUACCCUUUCCGGAGUGCCAGUUUACUACGUUUGCGUCGUAUGGAACAGUAAAAAUAAAAGAUCGCGAAAUUCUCUGAUGGCAAUGAUCGAACGGGGCUGUCAGAUCCUCUUCAAUGCAGCCUUUGUCGAUUGUCAUCACGAUCGGAAAAACGAUCGGGAAAUGUCUGAUAUGCAAACUAGCAUUGUGGACGAGAAAAACGUGCAUCAUUGAAACCGAAACACGGUCCAUAGACAGCGCGCUUGAGGUUUCAUUUUUUGAUCCCAAUUAUUUUUAGGAUCGAAUUUUCCGUGGAGACCAGUAGCAUUUAUAUGUGUUAGAGCUUCGAUUAUUAAAGGAAGUAGAUACGCCACUCUUCGCAGAUUCAAUCGUCAGUAAAGUGGCUCCUGACGGCAACAGGGUGUACUAACCUGCCAUAGUGUUCAUAGAGCGUUUUCAUAGCUACACGUUUGACUAUAUCAUCUGUCACUAGCACUUGUGUAAACUGAGAAGGUGAUACAAAGACUAUUACAGUCUAGUUCACCCUACCGCCAGUAGAUAGUGGUGAUGACAUACUUUUUACUCAAGUAUGAGGAAAUCAAAGACUGGCGUAUCUACUUCCUUUAAUAAUCUAAGGUUAGGGGUAUUAUUUGCAUUGUUCAAAGACAUGAAUCUUUUUUUUAGAAACAUUUUGAGAUUUUUUUAGACGUUAUUGUCUUGCCUAAAGGAAACCAUAAGCAUACGACAGGGCACAAAUCAACAGGAACAGAAUCGAAAAUACUAUACUAUUUAUUAUGUAUUACUGACAGCCAAACGUACAGGUAUGCAACAUACAAACAUGUCUAAAUUAGAAUAGAAAAGUUUUGUCUGACUGUACUCUAAUAAGUGUCAGUGUACUUAUAAAAAAUAAAA